AUUCAUGUUGACUGCUGCUCUCCUGUGCGCAGGAAGCCGCGGAGCUGAGCUUUAGGACGGGUGCUGAUUCUGCUGCCGCCUGACAUCUCGGCCGGGAAUUUAAACGACGGCACCACCGCUGCCUUCUUGACACCUUUUAAAGAGUUUUGUCUAGGCAGAAAUGAUAAGGACUGUGUUAACCAACCUCGAGGCGGUUGAAGUCAAAGAACAGGCCAUGAAGUUGUAAAAAGCGACCCAUAUAAGAAGAGCAGCCACCUCCGGUUCUAUAACGCCUGGAAGAGGCACGAGGAGACUCAAGGCCUCCUUUCCCAUUACAGUCAUGCCCUCACCUCUCAUCUUCCCCAUUUGCCUCAUGCUCCUCGCCUUGUCCAUGAGCUCCUCCUCUUCGCCCUUAUCGCUUCUCCAAUCUUUCUCCCCACCAGAAGGUGGGCUUACACAUUUAGUAGUUCAUAAUAAAUCAGGCGAGAUUUACCUGGGCGCAGUCAACUGGAUCUACAAGCUGUCGAGCAACCUCACCAAGCUACGGAGCCACGUGACCGGCCCAGUGACGGACAAUCCUCGCUGUUACCCUCCGCCAGGUGUCCAGUCGUGCCCUCAUGAGCUCGUGCAAACUCCCAAUAUCAAUAAACUUCUGCUGCUUGAUGAUGCCCACAACCGCCUAAUUGCCUGUGGGAGUACUUCGCAGGGAAUUUGCCAGUUCCUCCGUCUGGAUGAUUUGUUCAAACUGGGCGAACCCCACCACCGAAAGGAGCAUUAUCUAUCCAGUGUUGCUGAGGCAAGCACAAUGUCCGGGGUAGUGAUCUCCCCAGAUGCUUUUGGCGGGGGUGGGAAACUUUUCGUUGGGACUCCCAUUGAUGGCAAGUCAGAGUACUUUCCAACACUGUCCAGCCGCAAAUUAAUGUCCAACGAGGAGAAUGCGGACAUGUUCAGCUUUGUCUACCAGGAUGAGUUUGUAUCGUCACAGCUGAAGAUUCCAUCAGACACACUCUCCAAAUUCCCGGCAUUUGACAUCUACUACAUCUAUGGCUUCAACAGUGAGCAGUUUGUCUAUUAUUUCACUUUACAGCUGGACACAAAACUCACUUCGCCCGAUGCCGGCAGCGAGCAGUUUUUCACCUCCAAGAUCGUACGGCUUUGCGUGGACGAUCCCAAGUUCUACUCCUACAUUGAGUUCCCUAUUGGCUGCACCAAGAAUGGCGUGGAAUAUCGCUUGAUCCAGGACGCUUAUUUGGCUCGACCGGGGUCCCGUUUGGCUCAAUCGCUUGGUAUUCAAGAGCAUGAGGAGGUUCUUUUUGCUGUAUUUGCCCAGGGCCAAAAGAACAGAGCCAAGCCACCCAAGGAGACGGCUUUGUGUCUCUUCACAAUGAGACAGAUAAAGGAGAAGAUUAAACUAAGGAUUCAGUCGUGCUACAGUGGAGUGGGCAUACUCUCCCUGCCCUGGUUGCUCAACAAGGAGCUGUCCUGCAUCAACUCGCCGUUGCAGAUUGACGAUAAUUUCUGCGGCCAUGACUUCAACCAGCCUCUAGGGGGCACCACCACCAUCGAGGGCGUCCCACUGUACGUGGAUAAGGAUGAUGGCAUGACUUCAGUGGCAGCCUACGACUACCGUGGACACACCGUCGCGUUCAUGGGCACUCGUAGCGGGCGUAUAAAAAAGAUCCUUGUCAACUCAGUUUCCCAACCGGCUUUGCUGUAUGAAAGCGUCCUCGUGAACGAAGGCAGCCCCAUCCUGAAAGAUUUGCUCUUCAGCCCAGAUCACCAAUACUUGUACACUCUCACUGAUCAACAGGUUACUCGAGUACCAGUCGAGAGCUGUGAGCAGUACACUUCCUGCGGAGCUUGUUUGGGAUCAGGAGACCCUCACUGUGGCUGGUGUGUGCUGCACAAUAUAUGUUCAAGGAAGGAUCGCUGCGAGCGGGCAGAGGAACCGCAGCGUUUCACCAAUCGAGUGGAUCAGUGUGUCCGACUCUCUGUCCAGCCUGACACCAUCUCGGUCACUGUGUCAGAAGUGCAGUUGAUACUUCAGACCCAGAAUGUGCCCAGUCUGUCUGCUGGGGUGAACUGCUCUUUUGGAGACUACGUAGAAACGGAAGGGCGCAUCUACGGUGGUCGGAUCUUCUGCUUGUCCCCCACUGCGAAAGAAGUGGCUCCCAUCACGCACAACCAAGGUGACCAGCGUGUGAUAAAACUGUAUCUGAGGUCAAAGGAGACUGGGAAGACGUUUGCUAGUGUGGACUUCAUCUUUUACAAUUGCAGUGUGCACCGAUCGUGCCUCUCCUGUGUGGAUGGAAAGUUCCCCUGUCACUGGUGCAAAUAUCGCCACAUGUGCACACAGGAUGCCAGCGACUGCUCCUUCCAGGAGGGACGCGUCAACACCUCACAGGAGUGUCCUCAAAUCCUGCCCUCCACUCAGAUCUAUAUCCCUGCUGGAGUUAUGAGGCCAAUCACGCUGCUGGCACAGAACCUACCCCAGCCACAGUCCGGACAGAGGAACUACGAGUGUAUUUUUCACAUUCAAGGCAACACGCUCAGUGUCCCGGCCCUGAGGUUCAACAGCACAAGCAUCCAGUGUCAGAAGAGCACAUAUGACUACGAAGGCGGUGAUAUCAGUGACCUCCCAGUUGACCUUUCUGUGCUUUGGAAUGGAAAUUUUGUCAUCGACAAUCCUUUCAAUAUCCAAGCCCACCUGUAUAAGUGCAGGGCACUGCGAGACAGCUGUGGCAUGUGUCUGAAGGCAGACCCCCGGUUCGAGUGUGGCUGGUGUGUCCAGGAAAAGAAGUGCUCUCUACGGCAGGAAUGUACUAUUGGCUUCAAUUCCCACCUCCCCCUGCAGUUGGUUGAUGGAGGAGGCUGGAUGCACGCUGCAUCUGGAAACAGCCGGUGCACCCACCCCAAGAUCACGAAGUUGUUUCCUGACACAGGACCCCGCCAAGGGGGAACCAGGGUGACCAUCCUCGGAGAAAACCUGGGUCUACACUUCAGAGACAUACAGAUGGGUGUCAGGUUAGGCAAGGUGCCUUGUGUCCCCAUCGAGACAGAAUACCUGAGUGCCGAGAGAAUCGUGUGUCUGCUGAAUGAUGCAACAGGAUACAGAGUACAAGAGGCUCAGGUGGAAGUGUGUGUGAGAAACUGUGUAAAUGACUACAGGGCCCUUUCCCCGAGGCCAUUCACGUUUGUGACACCAUUCUUUACCGGCAUCCAGCCUUCUCAGGGCCCGAUAUCUGGGGGCACCCGUGUUACCAUAGAGGGGAGCUACCUCAAUGCAGGCAGCUCUGUCUCUGUCAGCAUUGGACCACAACCCUGCCACUUUAAAAAGAGGAACGCCCAUGAGAUAGUAUGCAUAACACCAGCUGGCCUGGCUUCAGGAAGUACACCUGUCUUGGUAGACAUAGAUGACGCUGAGCUCAGAAAUCCAGAGGUCAAGUUUAAUUAUACCGAAGACCCCACUGUGCUGAGGAUUGAACCGGACUGGAGCAUUGCCAGUGGUGGAACUCUUCUGACAGUGAGUGGGACCAACCUUGCGACAAUCCAGGAACCAAAGAUAAGGGCCAAGUAUGGGCAGGCAGAGUCUUUUCAUAACUGCACAGUAUACAACAACUCAAUCAUGGUCUGCCUCGCUCCAUCUGUGGCAGACACUGAGCUGGGCUUUUCCGAAACCGGCACCGGUCCCGAUGAGAUUGGAUUUUACAUGGACAAUGUGAACUCCUUGGUAGUGGUCAAUGAGACUUUCAGCUAUUAUCCGGACCCCGUGUUUGAACCCCUCAGUUCAUCUGGCAUAAUGGAGCUUAAACCGACAUCGCCGCUGAUACUUAAGGGUCGCAACCUGAUCCCAGCAGCCCCGGGUAACAGUCGUCUGAACUAUACGGUGCUCAUCGGAGAAACCCCCUGCGUUCUCACCUUGUCUGAGAGCCAAUUACUGUGCGAGUGGCCCAACCUCACUGGACAACAUAAAGUCACGAUCCGAGCCGGUGGGUUUGAGUACUCCCCAGGUACUCUUCAAAUCUACUCGGAUAGUUUGCUGACACUGCCUGCCAUCAUCGGGAUUGGAGGUGGCGGUGGUAUGCUGUUAUUAGUCAUCAUCGCUGUGCUCAUAGCCUAUAAGAGAAAGUCAAGAGACGCUGACCGAACCCUCAAACGUCUUCAGCUACAGAUGGACAAUUUGGAGUCCAGAGUGGCCCUGGAAUGUAAAGAAGCUUUUGCCGAACUCCAGACAGAUAUUCAUGAGCUAACCCAAGAACUGGAUGGAGCCGGAAUUCCCUUCUUGGACUAUCGGACGUACGCCAUGAGGGUGUUGUUCCCGGGUAUUGAGGACCACCCUGUGCUUAAGGAGAUGGAGGUACGGGUCCAGGCAAAUGUUGAAAAGGCUCUGACUUUAUUUGGCCAGCUGCUCACAAAGAAGCACUUCCUGUUGACAUUCAUAAGAACGCUGGAAGCACAGAGGUCGUUUUCGAUGCGGGACCGAGGGAAUGUGGCGUCCUUGAUCAUGACUGCCCUGCAGGGCGAAAUGGAGUACGCCACAGGAGUCCUGAAGCAGCUUUUGUCUGACCUGAUUGACAGAAACCUGGAGAGUAAAAACCAUCCCAAGCUGCUUCUCAGGAGAACGGAGUCUGUUGCCGAAAAAAUGCUGACCAACUGGUUUACAUUCCUUCUGUAUAAAUUCCUCAAGGAGUGUGCAGGCGAGCCUCUUUUCAUGCUUCACUGUGCCAUCAAGCAACAGAUGGAGAAAGGACCGAUAGACGCCAUCACAGGAGAGGCUCGUUAUUCUCUUAGCGAGGACAAGCUCAUCAGGCAACAGAUUGACUACAAAACGUUGACGUUGCACUGUGUAAACCCAGAGAACGAGAACGCUUCUGAGGUGACCGUUAAGUGUUUAAAUUGUGACACGGUCACUCAGGUCAAAGAGAAGCUGCUCGAUGCCGUCUAUAAGGGCAGCCCCUACUCUCUCAGGCCCAAGGCUUCGGAUAUGGACUUGGAAUGGCGUCAAGGCCGCAUGGCCCGAAUUAUUCUACAGGAUGAGGACGUCACAACAAAAAUAGACAAUGACUGGAAAAGACUCAACACUCUGGCUCACUAUCAGGUUACAGAUGGCUCAGUGAUCGCACUGGUGCCAAAGCAGAACUCAGCCUAUAACAUCUCCAACUCAUCCACCUUCAGCAAGAGCCUCAGCAGAUACGAGAGCAUGUUGAGAACAGCUAGUAGUCCAGACAGCCUUCGAUCCCGAACACCCAUGAUCACCCCUGACCUGGAGAGUGGAACUAAAUUGUGGCAUCUGGUAAAGAACCACGACCAUUCGGACCAAAGGGAGGGCGACCGGGGAAGCAAGAUGGUGUCUGAGAUCUACCUGACCAGGCUCUUGGCUACUAAAGGCACAUUACAGAAGUUUGUAGAUGACCUCUUUGAGACCAUCUUCAGCACAGCCCACAGAGGCAGUGCUCUGCCGCUGGCCAUCAAGUACAUGUUUGACUUUUUGGAUGAGCAGGCAGACAAACACUCCAUCACAGACUACGAUGUACGACACACCUGGAAAAGCAAUUGCCUCCCUCUGAGGUUCUGGGUGAAUGUGAUCAAGAACCCCCAAUUUGUGUUUGACAUCCAAAAGAACAGCAUCACGGACGCCUGUCUGUCUGUGGUGGCCCAGACCUUCAUGGACUCCUGUUCAACAUCUGAACACAAAUUGGGAAAAGAUUCACCAUCCAACAAGCUCCUCUACGCUAAAGACAUCCCCAACUACAAGAAUUGGGUAGAGAGGUAUUACUCGGAUAUCUCUCGUAUGCCAGCCAUCAGCGAUCAGGACAUGAGUGCCUACCUAGCAGAGCAGUCCCGCCUGCACCUCAGCCAGUUCAACAGCAUGUCUGCACUACACGAAAUCUACUCUUACAUCAUCAAAUACAAAGACGAGAUCCUGUCAGCGUUACAGAAAGACGAGCAGUCGCGAAGACAGCGGCUACGUGGCAAGUUGGAGCAGGUCAUCGACACCAUGGCAUUGGCUAGCUGAGGGUUAAAACGCUCACUCGGCCAGGCAAGAAGCCUUCCCGUAGACAGCUUUGCGCUCCCAGACAUGUGAAAACUGAGCUUGGCAACAUUUUGAACAACAAAAGACAGGCAAAGGAAACUACAAGCUCAUGAAGAGACAGCAAAGGCUGGAAUCAUUUUGUUUCUUUUUUACUGAGCUGCAAACCAAGCCUGGAACAACCAAAUUGAGCAGUUACUCGUAGAGGGCAGUGGUUGACUUCUCUAGACGCAAUCAGGACUACGACCGAGGUGCAAAUUCAACAGGCUCAAACUUGAAGACAAAAGGAACCAGGAUACCUGAUCCCAAUUGGGGAUUUUCCUUUCCUGUUGCCAUUUUCCAGUGGGAGGUCAUGCAGAUCCAGUGUGACUCCUCAUCAGGGUGGAGACUGAGGAGCUUUUGCUGUGGGAAAACUCUUCCUCUGGCAAACUCCAAUACCUACCGACAAGGAGUCAUUAUAGUCAAACAGUUUUAUUUUUAAAUUUUAAAACUCUGCUUUUUGUCCAAUGCCGCAUUUGAUUCCAUCCCCACCAAACUGCCUCCUCUCCUUAGUGCUGUACGCCACUCGUGUUUCUGCUGAAUUUGCACAACAAAGCUAAAUCAAAAGAGAGCAAACGAUAUAUGAACACAUUUAUAGCUAUAUAAAUACAGACCUUGUUGUUUGAAUUGACAGAGUUGUUUUGCAUUUAAUGUACAAAUGAUAGGUUUGACAGGAUUUGAUAUUUCCAAGUGAACAAAAAAAUAGCAAGGAAAAGUCGUUACGUGCCAUGUUUUACUUUGAAUGUUGUUCAGUGCAAAGAGACUUCUUUUCUUUAGAUGAAAUGUGUUAUGAAAUGUUGUCAUGAUAGUGAGACUUAUAAAAAUAGGUACUUGGAAAAAUAGAUAUAUAACUUGCAGAAACGUUCUAUAUUUCAUCAGGUUUCCAUCGAAAUGCCAAACUUGGUAUUUUUAGGAUCCAAUUUGUUUUACACAUCCUGCAUACGAGUCGACUCGCAGAAGGCCCCUCCCUUCCCCAGUCAGAAUGUUGGCGGAAUGACUUGGUUUCCCAUUCUGCGACCGUCUAAACAAAAUAGUGGUACGGCAAAAGGUGGAUAAAACUCGCCUUGAACAGGCUGUGUCAAAGAGCUUUUUCAUUUUGGUGCGCUUGUUUUCAUAAAGCGGAUUAGUGACAGGAAUUUGGAGGGAAUCCUGGCGGUCUUGGCCAAAUCCUCCAAAACAUUAGUGGUACAUUUCAGUUCAGUUCCUUACAUGCCUUUUAUUGUGUUUCCAUUGUAACCACCCGAAAUUUCAGAUCGUUUUAGUGGGCUGGGUGGAGCUAUAAACGCUAAAACUGUGACUUGCAACAGACGCUGGAGUCCCAGUCGCAUUUUAAAGUGUUGCACACUGUACUGUAAACCUUCCAUGUUGCUAGUGUUGGAUUUAUUUAUGUUUUUGUUCAAUUAAAAGUUCAUUUAUUAACAGAAGCUGACGCCCAGUGUUGGAAACGCAAGCCUCAUCAAAGUUUACUGAAUCUGAACUGUACCGUGUUGGACUGAACUCAAGUGUACCACUUGGUAGACGUCUUAUGGACCUCCCCUUUCUUUUAUAACAUUUGACCAAGUUUCAUUGAAAAACAGACCUGUUUUGAUGAGCUGAAAAGGUUAGAGAGCUGUGUAGUUUUUGUACUUUUAUUCCAAUCUGCAGUCAAAAAAAGGAACACUAUGAUUCCAUUCUUAAAAUGUGAAUGUGCUUCGUGCUUUCUAAAUUGUAUUUGAUUUUAUUUAUUUUUGUGAGGUUUGUUUUCAAUGUACUGAAGGCCUUUCUUGCUUCAUUUUGUGGUUUUAUGAGGGUUAAAAAGAAAAUGUCCUAAUGAAUUUUCUGCAUGGGGCCACUUCUCUGUGGAAUUUAGUGGGAUUUAAUUUGAGAGAAAAAAAAGAGAAUUGUAAUGAUUAGAAACCUGUUACUUUAAAACCACUGUUACUUAAGAUAUCAUAUCAAUUUCAAAUCAAAAUCUAGUGUUUUCAGUGCAGCAUGUUCUUCAUGACAAUCAUGUUGCUAACAAUUGUCCAGUUCAAACUUUUGUCCUACUAAAUUUUGCUGAGAACACAGCUGGUUGGUCUGGUUAUGGAGGGGACGAGGCUACAAAAAAGAUAAACGUGAAAUAAUUUAUGUAAAAAAGGCCAAUGUAAAUCCUAUGAUUGUUUUGCUGAAUAGAGCACAAGACCAGACUGCAUAAACAACCACGUCUGAUGAAUUUUUGAACCAAUGGAGAAAUCCUCAGAAUGUUUAACUUGAUCAAAGGCACAGUUCUUAAAAUGACUUUGAAGAAAAUGAGAAAUGCUGCAGUGGA